GGGGAGGAGAGUCUACCCUUCACGUAACACGACACAAAUCAUAGAUAUUGUUUCUGCGGACGCAUUUACUCAACUCGAAUAUCCUUCUGGCUGACAUUUUAAUAAGAAAGGGCAUCGGCCCCACUUUUCAAACAAUACAUAACGUACAUUUUGUCUGUCUUCUUCGUCAGAGCGGCUAAAUGGCGGGUACUUGGUGGAAUAGUGCCGCUUUUACUCACGUCCUUGUGGCUCUUUUCGGUAUGGGUUCCUGGAUUUCCGUGAACUGUCUCUGGGUUGAGCUACCCGUGGUUGUCAGAGUUCUGCCUGAAGAGUGGAACCUGCCGGUCUAUCUGUCAGUACUGAUAGCCUUUGGGAAUAUAGGUCCGAUUGCUGUGACCAUAACGCAUCACUGUGCCCCAGGACAGUUAAAUGAGCGCCUGGUCAUCCACAGUAUCCAGGUUCUAGCAGUGGUGGCAUCAAUCUUCCUAGCCAUCUUUUGGUCACAGGUGGCCACUGUGGCAGGGGAAGUGAGAUCCGUACCAUAUCUGCUGCUCACGUUUGUUUUGGCUCUGGUUUGCUGUACGUCCAAUGUCACCUUCUUGCCCUUCAUGUUCCGCUACCCCCCUCAAUACAUCCGCACAUUCUUUGUUGGCCAGGGGCUCAGUGCCCUGUUCCCAUGUUUUGUGGCUUUGGGGCAGGGUGUGGGGAAAUUGGAGUGCAAAUCGAAGAAUGGCACAGUACAGGCACACUACCUGGAAGAGAACUUCCCUGCCCAGGACUUCUUUUGGUUCCUGUUUGUAAUGCUGACAAUCUCAGCCCUCUGCUUCAUGGCUUUGACGCGUAGAGAAAUAACAGAGCCAGCAUCACAGGAGACCCCAGAGCCUGAGAUGGUGAUGACAAAGGAUAAUGGGGAGGAGACCCACCCGCUCCAGAAUGGAGGAACACUGUUGUCUGAGGACCAGGUGGAGUUGGAGAAAGCAUCCCCGGUCCAAACCUUCUGGACGCCACGCAACAUCUACCUGCUGGUGCUACUAGGUGUGUCCAACGCCCUGACCAACGGAGUCCUUCCCUCUGUCCAGAGCUUCUCCUGUCUGCCCUAUGGCACCAUGACCUAUCACCUUUCUGUGGUCCUUGGCAACAUUGCAAACCCAUUGGCCUGCUUUGUGGCCAUGUUUGUCCUCUGCAGGUCAUCUGUGGGUCUUGGUUUCAUGUCUGUAGCAGGUGGGGUCUUUGCAGCCUACCUCAUGGCUCUUGCAGUGCUCAGCCCCUGCCCUCCUCUCUUGGGGAGCCCUGCUGGUGUAUCCUUGGUGGUGGUGUCCUGGAUCAUCUUCACUGGUCUGUUCUCUUACCUGAAGGUAGUUAUUGGGACGCUGCUCCACGAGGCUGGCCAUGCUGCUUUGCUGUGGUGCGGUGUCUUCAUCCAGGCUGGCUCACUGAUAGGAGCCCUCUCCAUGUUCCCCCUGGUCAGCAUUUACCACAUAUUUGCAAGGUCUCAGGACUGUGUGGACAACUGCAGUUAGUUAGGCACCAGGAACCACAGCUAGCUGGGUGAUCACGUCAGGGAGGGAAGAUGGAACACCCUUUCCAGGCCCAGAAGGGUUGAUGGGGGGGGGUUCUGUAAGGGCUGAGGAAAGGCAUUCCAGGGGUAAUGGGAGCAUUGAGUUGCUGUGUCCUGGUUAAGGGGAUGUAAGUGCCUGUGAUGCAGUGCCGCAAGGGAUUUUUAAAAUUAUUGAUCUAGUUUCUUGGUUUGCUGAAGGAGCUGCUAUUACCGGUAUGUUUUCCCACUAAAUCAUGUGACAAGUCUUGUUUAAUCAGGGACUGAAUCAAUAACACCCAUUCAUCCAGUUUGGCUGUCCCCAGGCCUUAGGAGUAAGAAACAAACACAUUAAUGGCCAGUUUCAGAGAGACAGAAUAAGCCCAGUCCUCGACUUAAAAGCAUGCUCAAUGGAGAAUCUCCAGAGAAUGCAGAGAGUCCUGGACAGGGCUUAAUCUUUGACUUGGAUAGUGGCCCUAUGAAACUCAAAAACCACGUUUCCAUCCACAGCUUUCGUGUGAUUUAAAUUCAUAUCAUAUAACAAAAAAAUCACGACAGCUGUGAUGGAAACAGGACAGGUCGGUACAAUUUUAUAAAUGCUGACAGAUCAUUUCCUGGGAUCUUUGUCUAAAAUUAAUAAUGUGAGAAAUGACAAAUAUUGACGAUCAUCAUAUCGAAGUAAACUUGUGAUGAUAUGGUGUGUGGUCCUCCCACUACGUCUUGGAGAAACCGUGCAGUUUAUUAGGCUACAGAUUGUACAAAUUAUGAACUUCACAGCGUGGUGAAAGUGCAAGGUGAUCUUGAUGCUUUAUCUUAUUCUGGUGACAUGAUGAUCGAUGCUUGAAUGUUGUUUGACAAAUUAACAGAUUCUUGCUCUUAUCCAUAAUCAUCUCAUGUGGACUAGCCUACCCGCACAGCCUGUCCGCACUGGAUCUGCCGAAUGUUGGCACGUGCAAAGACCAGAGUAGGCACAUUUGCUAUUUAACGCAACAGUUUUUGUGACUACUAUCUGAGAGUUUAGACUAUUUGAAAAUGCGAUGGAAACCCAUUGUACUUUAGAUUUUUAUUUGUUACAUGAAAACGUACAUUUUGUAUGCGCACCUCUUUUUAUCCGUAAUAAGUCCGUUUGGUGGAAACAUACCACUGGUGGAAUUUUUUUGUAUUUUUUUAAAUGCAGGUUUAUUUUAUAUUCGCAUGAAAAUCUGUCACCAAUUGGAUGGAAACCUAGCUAUAGACAGGUUUUAAUACUACUGUUUCUCAGGUACAAAUACCUAUCCAAAGCUAACCAACAAUGAAUGGAUACAAAAUGUAACUGGAAGCUAUUCACUUUCAGCCAUUGACUGAAAUGUUUAAUUUUAGUCCUCUACUUGUUAUUUCAAAUACCUACGCUGCCCAAAUCAAGGGCAGCCAUUUAGUAAAUUGACAUUCAAGUUUUGAUUUACUAUUGGAGCAGUUGAAUAUAACUUGUAAUUGAUUAUACACAAUUUUGUUCUGAGUGCUGUAGUAACAAUAUGAGUUCGUUUUGCUGCUGAGUGGGGUUGUUAUCAUGCACUGUUGUGUAGCCAAUCAUUAUUAUGGCUCUAGUACAGCGGUGUUUUAAUCCAAGCCUGGAGGUCCAGAGUACUGCUGUUUUUCUGUUCUACCUCAUAAUCACCUGCAUUCACCUGGUGUCCCAGGUCUAAAGCAGUCCUUGAUUUAUAGGGGAAGAAUGAAAAUCAGCAGUGGAAUUGUCUUUGAGGUCCAUGUUUUGAAUUUGCCUGUUCUAGGAGAUAUUUAUAUUUCUGCCAUGUCUGUCAUUUGGUAUGUCAUUGUCUGCCAUGUCAGAAUCAUCAUUCCAGAGAGAUUAUAGUUGAAGCUUAUUUUGUGUUGUCCUGAUAAUUAUGAAGAACUACUUGUUUAUUUCCCUCCAGAUUAUUUCUCCAUACACAAUGUGAUUGUUUCUUUCUACUAAUGCCCUCGUCUCCUGUUGCGUUUUAUCAUCCAUGUAAUUUGGUGUUGAAUCCUUUUUGAUGACCAUUAUUUUUUAAUUAUUAACCGUUCCAAAUGUUAGCCUUCCUUCAGAUAAAUGAAAUGUUAUCUUAUUAUCUAAAACAUUUCGGUAAUGUUGAAGCCUCUGUCUUUAGGCCAAACACCAGUGCUAAGUCUGAUAAUGUAAAUGCGACCUAAGUUAGCCUACUAAACACGUCUUGACUGAGACACAAAGGGUUUCGGCUUUGGAAGGAAUAAAGAAAAUAAAAGAAUCUGCUACGCGUUA